AUGGAUUGUACGGUGAUGUCCCUUUAAUGUAGACUUUUGUGUUAAAAAUUUAUUUAUUAUAUUAUAAUCAUAACAUAUCUCAUUGCCUUAAAUAUGUUAAUCGCAGAAUUCAGUUGACUAUGAUUCAUUUUCAAUCAUGAAUCCAAAAUGGAUGGACAUCUGUGCAGCUAACUGUUGAUCUGAAAUGUGGUUAUUUCUGAGGAAUGGCAGAUUCCGACUAAAUGUAGUUGAUAGAUGUAAAAAUGGACAUAAUACUUUCUGAGUUUAUCACUCGUACAUCUGCAGAUCCUGGUCUUGCACGGGAUCUUCUAGAAGGUCAUGAGUGGGAUUUACAGUCUGCACUUUCUGCAUUCUAUAUUCUCAAAGGUAUUACAACUAGUCCAAAAUUAAAGGAAGCAACUUCACUGCCAAUAAAACUUUCUGGGGGCCAUAAACAGCGUUUAGAUGUUGACACUUAUGCUUCCACAUCAAAAUGCUGCCCACAUCCAAAAGAUACAGUGCUUGAUUCAGAUGAUACUGGAAGCAAACGUUUGUCUCGAGGAAUAUCUAGAGCAACAGAUAAUGUCAAUCUUGUUUCUCGAGCACGCAGUAAAUUUGCCAAAGAAUUUGUAUCAUCUGGAUGUGAUAAAAGCCAAAUAGUCACAGGAUUAGAAACACCUGUGUAUACAUUCUCAUUGCCAGAUUUAUCAAUUUAUCCAAGUGAUUUUAGAGAAUUCUUAGAAAAAGAUUUAAUUGAAACUUCUACUCUGGUAUCUUUAGAAAAUGCUGGUCGUUUGAACUGGUGGGCAGAAAAAGGCACAUGCCAAAGAUUAUGGCCUUUAGCAACUACUGGAGAUGGGAACUGUUUGCUUCAUGCUGCAUCUUUAGGUAUGUGGGGAUUUCAUGAUCGUUUGCUAACUCUCAGGAAAGCCUUACACAGUCUUCUUGCAAACAGUACAUUUACUGAAGCUUUUUAUAGAAGAUGGCGGUGGCAAGUUUCGUUGCAAAAUAAAGAAGCUGGCCUAGUCUAUUGUGAGGAAGAAUGGGAAAAGGAAUGGCAGUCUUUACUAAAAAUGGCAUCUACUGAACCACGUCUGCUUCCGUGCCAAAAAAAGAAUUUUACUGAAAGUUCAAGUAAAGGUCCCUUGCUGGCAGUACCAGAAGAAGAAAUUCAGCCUGACAUAUAUGAAAGCUUGGAGGAAUUUCAUGUUCUGGCUUUAGCUCAUGUUUUACGGCGGCCCAUAAUUGUCAUAGCUGAUACUGUUCUGAAAGAUGUAACUGGUGAACCUUUUGCUCCAAUUCCAUUUGGUGGCAUAUAUCUUCCUUUAGAGUGCCCACCAGCCGAAUGCCUUCGAUCUCCAUUAUGUUUAACUUAUGACGCUGCACAUUUUUCUGCACUUGUUGCUAUGGAGAAAGAAGCAUAUGCUGACAAAACUCCUCACCCUCCUGCUGCAAUUCCCUUAAUUGAUCCUGAUCACAAGUUGCUGCCGAUUCAGUUUGCUGUUGAUCCAGGAGUAGAGGUCAGGUGGGGUCAAGAUGAAAAUGACCCCAUCAUAAUCUCUAAAUUAACUCUAACUGACAAAGAUAAACUUGGUUUAUUGAAUGAAUAUCUGGAUGUGAUUGAUCUUCCUGUUUUUGGUAUGCCGAAGCAAGAUUCUGUAGAUUUUCAGGAAGAAGAUUCUAUGUCCAAUAGCACUGACAUAGACCGUAGUUCUGCAGCUGGUAGCUUUGAUUCAGAUGAUAGUAUUGUUGAUAGGGGAUCUGGUAGCUCCAGUCCAGGAGGACUGUUAUCUGUACAAAGAAGUAAGGCUAGCAGACAGUUACAAAGUGUAGCUAAACAGUUUGGUAGUAUUGGUAGAACAAUGAGCAAAAAAAUAAAGAAAAAUUUUGGCAGCUUUACUCGAAGAGCAGGUUCUUUUAGGGGAACACCUGAGAGCAAAUCUGUGGAUUCUUUAAAAAACAAAAAAGUUAAAGAUCCUGCAUUAUCCAUUAGAUUAUCAGCAAGUGGAAUAGUGGGUACACCUGAUAGUAUUAUUGCAGCUGUUAUUCAUACUGAUAAUAGACAUGAAUAUCAAGAAGAAAUGAUUCGUAAUUACUUGAACUCAGCAAGAUGUCGUUUCUUGAAAGAGAAGGAAAAGAAAUACCAGAAUGAAGGAGGUUAUGGUACAGAUGUCAAACAUGAGAACCACCCAGAUCUUUCACAGUGUGUUGUACCUGGUUGCAAUUUAUAUGGUAUGGCAAAAAUGCAUUAUAUGUGUUCAAAUUGCUAUAGUGAGCAAAAGUUUCAUGUAAAUAAUGAAAAUAAACAUAAAAAUUCACCUCGUAAUUCUCCAAAGAGCAAUAAAAUAUCUGGAAUAGAGCGUCUAGAUUAUGAACGAGGAAAUGCUUCUGAUAAAGUGGCCUUAACUGCUAAAUCCUCCACAAAACCCUAUGGUAUAAGCCUAGCAAGCAAAUCAGCAAAGAAUGAAGAUAUCAGUAGUUCUGUUCAAAAUGUAGUUACAUCAGGGAGCUGUAUUAAAGCUGCUUCAAAAGUAAAAAUGCAUCUUAGCACAAUCUAGAUGUAAUAAAUAACGCCUUAUGUGUAUAUGUAUAUUUAUUUCCUAAGAAAAUUUCCUGUCAGAGAUUCAAUUUAUAAAUCACUCAUUUGAAGUGCACUAAUUAUUUUUUUAUGUUGUAAAUAAUUCAUUAUAACACAUGAUUGUAAUAUUAAUGAUAAAUGAGUCAUGUUUUUCAAAUAAUUAUGCAAAAAUGUGAUGAAACAUUUUUGUAAACAGUAUUAAAUAACAAAGAAUUUUGUUUGUUACAGUGUUUGUUAUUUAUUCUUAUUGUUAAGUUUCAGAUGUUAUUUUAACAUUAUAGUAUUUUCAAGUGUUUGUAGUUACUCAUAUUAAAUUGUCAAUUAAGUCCUUAUGACAUGGAAAAAUUAUGUAUUUUUGUACCUGUUAGAUGUCUUCAGUGGCUUUAUGUGUAUUAAAUUUGAAAUUUUAAUAAUUUUUAUUUUAUUAAUUGUGGUUCAAGCAACUGAGGUAUAGCUUCAAUGACUUUUUUUUUUUUUUUCAAGCUCUGUAAUUUUUUCACAUUCUAUAAUUAUGUAACAUGAUAUUAUCCUAGAGAAAUUUAUACAUGUAAAAUGCAUUAAAAACUACCAUGUUUUCAAAAUCACUGAGAAAAUAGGUUAUUAUUGAUUGGCUGAGGUGAUUAUUUAGAAGUGAACAAAAUACAGAAUUUAAUAUUUUUAUAUGUAAUUUCACGAAGUUGUGAUUUUUUCACAACUUGUAUUAGUUAAGUGAGUUAUAUUAUCUUUUCUAUAAUAAAUUUGCCCAUAUAAGAGCCAAAAUGAUGUGUAAUUGCUUGCAUUCUUACAUAUUAGAAGAAGUAAGUGUAUUUUUGUUAAUAUUGUAAUGUAUAUUUUUAAGUAUUUUUACAAUGUCGUUAAAUGCAAACCAAAC